AUGCAUAUUCCCAACCCACUUUUUCUGCUGCAGCUGUCAUUAUACCUUGCGGUAGUGGUACCUACUUCCGCCGCGGUGGUUGGCAGAGCAUCAAACGACAACACCUCCCGGGAGUAUUUGUCCAAGAUUGUCACUCAAGUUCUCGAUUCCAUGGAGGCACACAACCCGCGCUCCCUGCCGUUAGCAACCGUAUACAAAGCAACUGAGAAUUCACACGCCGCGUCGCUUGCCAUGAUGACAUCGUGGCGCACCAUCGUCAAGGUCGAACAGCCUAGCUUGCUUGCACUUGACACCAAGCAAGGUUCGGCGUAUUUUAUCUCGGAUAUUAGUGAAGGCAACUCCAAAACGAAGGGAAUCCUUCGAGGACGAGUCAAGGUGGUUGAUGAACGCAUUACCGAGCUAGAGUUGUUCAUUAAUCGGUCCCGUGGUGAUGACGGCUAUGCCUUCUCUGCUGAAGAACUGGCGGAGAAUUAUAAAAUUCUAAUGUCGCCACCGAAGAACCGGAAGAAGGCGAGCCGGGCAAAGCUGGAAGCUAUCGGCGCAGCUGCUUGGGAUUCGUCUAAUAAUCUUUCAGUCGCUGUUGGCGAUGACUGCCAGUUUACUGAAGUAGGCUGGAGCAUCAUUGACACGGGAACUUACGGGAACGCGUCAACGAGCUCGCUGACUUGCAGUUGGGGCUCAACUAGACCCACUGAUCCUAAGGCACGAACCAGACUGGUCAUCGAUGAAGAGCUGGGCUUUAUCGUGACGAACGGUCUAUGUCAGGGUAAAGUCUAUCCCUACUACGGCGACAUCUCUACUUUCAUCCCGGACUCUAUGUCGUCAAACCAGGAAGCGCAAGAAGUCUGGUUUGAUGGAGUCAAAACACAAGCCAAUUUAACGCUGGUUUCUCCAACUGAGGCUACUGGAGAGAACCUUGAAGUGCUCCAGUUCUACAACGAUGAGCUCCAAGCCCUUCAGUUUAAUGUUUUUCUCACCGGUCCGAAUAUGACAUCCUCUUGGGUGUAG